CUUUGGGUCUAAACUCAAAAGUCUAAAAAAAGAAUAAAACAAAGUUGGGGUAUAUAGUGGGGCCGGCCCUAACCAAUCUGCGGCGUGCCGCCAUAGAAACUUCCCCCGUGGUCGCCGUCGCCGUCGCUAGCAUCGGCUUCCGUCCAAAUCCCUCCAUCGAUAAGUAUGCUGAGAAGAUCAUUGUUGACAAGAAACUUCCCAGCAGCGUGGCGCCUUCUCCUCCUCCCUUCGUCUCGCUAUGUCGGCUCAGCAACCUCUAGACCUUGUUCAACCGUCCCUUCGACGGCUGCUGUUUCUACACCUCGGCCGUACGCACUCGAAUUCGGCGAGCACCGUCCUCCCAGUCCGUCGAAACGGCUGAAGUAUCGUAUCGACGUUUUGAAGAAGAUGCUGGAAAGGAAGGAAGGCGAUCUGCAGCCUGAGCCUUACGAUGAAGAAGACUGUCCUGAUCUUAAGGACUACGAAUACACCGAUUCGGAAACUUAUUGGGAUGGGGUUCCGGUUCUUGAAUCGGAGAUAGAGCCUCCUCUUAAAGAUUCGAUCCUCGAGUUCGGGAAGUACGACAAAGCUGAAGCGGAGUUGCUUCCUUCGAUCCAGAAAUCGCUCGUGGAGCUGAUGUUGUCGGGGGACCAUAACGAUUUGGUGCUGGUGAAACAUAAGCAGACCAGUACCAAUGCCAUUAGAAUGAAGAAGAGAUGGAAGGUCUUCUACAAGUAUGCCUACUUACUUCCAGAUGAGCUUACGGAGAAGCUGGAGAGGAUGACCAGGGAGUUGGAGGAUUUGGUGGAACGAGAGGAUCUUGAAGAAAAAGUUGAGUUCCUCCGGCUGCUUACAGAUCACUGGAAGAAAGCACUGAUGAGUUAUUCAAAUCGACUGGAAGCUGCUGGCAAAGAGGAGGAGGCCGCGCCACAACUUGACGUUGUCCAACCUUCGCCUGCUUCUGCUGCGCCGUACACGUCCAACGACGCCGCUUCAUAUGCGUUGGAGCAGCUCGGGAUCGGCUAUGGAUAUUUGGGACAUGACGAUUGGCUUUGGGAGUUCAAGGAACUGAUGGAAGAGUACUUCAAGGGCCGCAUAUCGAGGGAUGUGCUUCCCGACUUGAUCACGGAAUCGAUUCUCAAGUUCAGGUUUGAAGAAGUUGGUAAGAAGGAGGGACGACGACUGUGUCGUCAUGGGGACGUUGUCUAUGGAGAGAAAGAAGUGGUUGUACUCAAGAGAGGUUGGUGUUCGGAGGUGGAAAGAUUGAAGGAGAAGUUCCAGCAUGGUUUUGAGGACGUGCUUCCUGCUUUUAGAAAGAAACUUCUGGAAAUGAGAUUGUCUGGGAAACGCAGUGACUUGAUUGCUUACCAAGGCUUUUUAAGCUUCCGGAAACGCGAAUUUGAAUCGAGAGUCGAAUACUUUCACCGCUAUGCCCACAUGAUUCUUCCAGAUGAUGUUAAAAAGAAGCUGUUGGGUAAGUUGAGACAGUUAAGGGAUGAAUCUUGGGAGCAAGACUACGAAGAAUAUAGAGAUUUCGAGAGUGGGAUACUAAUGGAUUAUUUCAAGAGAUUGAAAGCGGAGGAGGAGGGCGCAACACAAACGCAGUUUCAUAUGGAUGGUGAUUAUGAGAAGAACACCCGAGAAAUUAAAGUGAAAUACGGAGUCUAUGAAUGAUGGAAGCUGCGAGGGAAUACAAAGUUGUGUUGAAGAAGCUGACCGAUUUUGUGGUGCUGUGAAAAUAAUAAUUGUGGAUGAUCAAUCAUAUUAGACGCAUAAUUCAGUGUUACACGGUUGUUUCUAGAGGUGAACAAACACACCGGCAAACCGACUCACCCGUCCAAUCCAACCCAACCCACCCGUAGUUAUCGUUAAAACGAAAGUUUUGGGUUGGGUGAGGGUUUUCUUGGGUACAACCCGCCUCCUUUGGGUUGGGUUUGGAUUUUGGAUUACACAACCCGUAGAACCCGACCCAACCCGUGUUCCAACUAUUAGUAUGAGUUCGGAUCUAAAAAAUAUUUAUGUCGUAUAUAGUCAUAUACUUAUGAGAAAAUUAAGAUAUUUCG